UAACACACUAAAUAACAAUCUCAUAAAAUCUAAACUUCGAAUCUUGUAACCUCGUAAACAUAAAGAUGAAGGGAGUUUGCCUUUCAUUGUUUGUUUCUCUGGUCUUCUUCCAGGCUUUAAACUUAGCAAAUGGACAAGCAAGACUAUUUUGGUGUGUACCGCUUCCAGGAGUGCCAGAUGCGCAAUUGCAAGCAAAUCUUGAUUAUGCAUGUGGGCGGCCAGAUGUUGACUGCGGGCCGAUCCAACCAGGAGGUGCCUGUUAUGAACCCAACACAGUUGCCUCUCACGCAGCUUUCGCCAUGAAUCUCUAUUACCAGAUUCAUGGUACUAGAGCCGACUGCGAUUUUUCCGGCACUGCUAACUUCACAAACACAGAUCCUAGUUAUGGUGCUUGCAAGUACGUUAACGCAAUUGGAGGAAAACUAUGAUCCAAGCUGCCUGAUAUUGAAAUUUCCAUCAGUCCUUUUGGUUAUAAAGCAUGAGUAUCAGUUUAUUACUUCUUAACAAGUGGUCGCGGUUGACUUUCUUUCAAAAAAUAUAUUAAAGAGGUUGAAUUAAGAUUUCUAAGAGGACAGUAAUGUUGUAGCUUCUGAAAUAAUCAAUGAACUUUUAUAGAAUACUACCUUAACUGGGCGAGAGGAUGUUCCAUAUAUAUAUUCUCAUCUUGAAUUACUGGAUUACAUGACACAAUAUUAACCUACAUCACCACUCUUGAAUUGAUAUUGUUGUAGUUCAUGGUAACUAGAUAGGAUAUGAUGGGAAACAUUGAGCCCAACUUGGUUAUAGCACUACAUAAAUAUUUUUGUCUUCUCAUGACAAUAAUUUUUGUUGGGUUUAUAUCAAUGUGGGGGAGAAUGAAAGCAAAUUUCGUUC